CCUAUCGAGUGAUAAAACGCCACAAGUGCAACAUUCUGUCGCGUUGAGGUUAGGAAGAUAGCGUGCAUUGCUACGGCAGUGCGGGACAGCUCGGCAUUUUGAAAGGCUCUCCUUCAGCUACAGGCUGAAGGCUGGCACCGCAGUAUGAGCAGUCUCGCCGACGCCUGGUGCAUCGAUGCCAGCGAUGGCGACGACCUGCAAUUCAUCGGUCCUCUGCUUUUAGGACAGACGAAAUGGCUCGGUGCCGCGAUGAUGCGCGACGGCAGCCUCGUCGGCGUGCCGGGCCACGCGCGGCAGGUUUUGAGGGUGGACCCGCGCUUGCAUAGGGUGACGCUGCUCGGGAGAAGCAGGGGCCAGGACGUGAACCGCAACGGGCGCAACGUCUUCAAGUGGCUGCGGGGAGUUAGUGUAGGAGACAAAGCGUACGGCAUUCCGAUGCACGGCGACGCGGUGCUGAAAGUGACGCCGCGCGUCCACAUUUCAAAAAUCGAAUUGCUCGACGUGGAAGCGCCGGGCGACUUCAAGUGGCACGGCGGCCAGCUCGCGCCGAACGGUUUUAUUUAUGGCGUGCCCUGCUACGCGAGCCGGGUUUUAAGAAUAGACCCGCGGACGGACGAGGUGUCGUAUUUUGGGGAUUUGGGCGAUGCGAAGGCCAAGUGGUACGGCGGCAUCUUGGGGCCCGACGGCAACAUGUACUGCAUGCCCUUCGCGGCGACUCGAGUACUCCGCGUGGUGACGGCCGAAGAUCGGUGCGAGCUCAUCGGGCCGGAGUUGACGGGGGGCGGCGCCCACGGCGGCUACAAGUACCACGGUGGGUUGCUGGGCCCGGACAACUGCGUGUACGGGUUCCCUAUGAAUGCGAAGACGGUGCUGCGGGUGAAUUGUCUCACGGGCGACGUAUGCGAACUCCCGUUGCCGGAGGACGAGCCGUUCAACGGUGGGAAAUACAAGUGGGGCGGCGGCUGCGUCGCGAACGGCUGCGUCUACGGCGUCCCUUCGGAUUCGUGCCGCGUCCUGAAGAUCGACUGUCGGAGGGGGACGGUGUCGUUAUUUGGAAGACUGCCGAAGCAGAAAAAUAAAUUCCAGGGCGGCGUGUUAGGGGGCGACGGUGGAAUUUGGUGCGUGCCCUGCGAUGCGGCAUACGCGUGUCGGAUCGACCCCGUUACGGACGAAGUGGCCAUCGUCGGAACGUUGCCGUCCCAACACGACAAGUACCAGGGCGGCUAUGCCGACGGGGACGGCAACGUCAUAUGUAUUCCAGAGUGCGGCCGGCGCGUGCUCAAGAUUAGAUCAGGGCGCGGGCACGAGGACGCGUUCGUCGACGCGUACUUGGCAAGGCUGGGCCUGGGCCGCGAGGCGCCGUCGUUGACGUAUCUUGCCCGACUCGUCGAGCAUCAUUUAGAACGCAUUCCGUUCGAGAACGUCGAGCUCGUGCUGGGCGGCACGCCCGACCUGUCGUCGCGCGCUUUACGAGCCAAGCUGCUCGAUAGAAGACGGGGCGGCCACUGCGUCGAGCUGAACGGGUUGUUUAGCGAGCUGCUCGCGAAGCUCGGGUUUGCCGUGCGACUCUUAGCGUGCCGCGUGCUGGCGGGGCCCGAGCGCGGCGGGACCGGCGCGUGGCGGGCCGUGCCGUCGCACGCGGCGAUGGCCGUGCGCCUCGACGACGGCGACCACUUCGUCGACGUCGGCCUCGGCGAGCCGCCGCUCGGGCCGAUACCCCUCGUCCUGGGGACGGCCGCUACGACGCCGGACGGCCUGGUCCACCAGAUAACGGAGGUCGAGGGCGGAAAUGACUGGGAGCUGCAAUGGCUCCUCGAUGGGGCGUGGGCGCCGCGGCUCCGCUGGCGCCGCGCCGACGGGCCGCGCUUCGACCACCACGCGCCGUCGUGUGGCGACUUUUACGCCGAGACGGAGCGGUGGCGGCGCCAGCCCCUCGGGCGCAAGCUCGUUGUUUGCAAACUCACGCGGACGACGAAGACGAGCGUCGUCGGCGCGAAGCUUCGGAUCACGACGCCGCGCGUAGGCGGCACCGUGACCGUCACGGAGCUGCGCACGGCCGACGCCGUCCGCGACGCGCUCGAGGCGCACUUCGGCAUCGUCUGCGCGGAGACCGAGGGCCUCGUCCUCCGCGGCGAUUGCGACGAGGAGGCGUACGAGCACCUUUGA